UCGCGCGAUUAAUUCUCCCGAUUAGUUCCCGCGCCACCACCACGAAAGAUUUUGUCGAAAAGCCUUUUCAUAAGCUAACAAUCUUCCCUACAAUCUCCGUCGAGAGAAACGCGUAUGAGACAAAUAGAGCGCAGCAUCCAUCCAAGAUAAUAUGUACCACACAUAUAUACACGUUCACAUCUAACGUCGUAGAUGCACAAGAGAGUUACAUACGUUGCCAUUGGCCGUCAGAAGUGCACACAGAAAUCCCAAAAAUGGCGGAGCAAGAUGAAAGAGCCCAAUUACCACCGGGUUGGGAGUGCAGAUAUGACAUAAGAAGUGGUCGUGCGUACUUCAUCAAUCACUUCAGCAGAACUACUACAUGGGAAGAUCCAAGGGUUCGAUACUGGCAGUAUGCACAGUAUUUACAAGGGAAUUCCGUUGCAACGAGCUCUCCAUCCACGGGGAAUUCGCAAGAGGCAAUACCUAUGCAGACUGGAGGAGGUAUUGUCGGUGGUGGUGGAGGUCACUUGAUGUAUGCGGCUGCUCACAGGGCUCCUCAAAUCUAUCCGUCACCCUACAAUAGUCCACAACCAGCAUUUCUACCCCCCAGUUCACAGGAACUAAAAACACCAAUGUCCACACGAUCAAUCAGCGGAAUGACAAAUAGAUUUGGUGACAUGACUAUUGGAUCAUCAACACCAGUCAGAAAUAUGGAAACGAGUUUAACUCAAAACAGUGAUGUUGAGUUAUCAGUUGCUAAGAUAAACGCUAUAUUUCCUACUGUCUCGGACACGCAUAUUCGACUCUUAUUAAAAAAAUACCAUAAUAGACCGGCAUUGGUAGUGAGUGCACUGCAAAUUGAGAAGAAUCCACUAUGUGCGCCUGGUCCAGGCACACCAGUGGGAGUUCAUUCAAACUAUGCUAUACCGAGAUGGCGACUACCAGCUCAUGCUAUUCAUGCUGCUAUCACAUUGAGUCCACCGCGUGGGGCACGGCCAGCCCCAAACUCCCCAAAAAUGAAACUUAGGUACCUGAAAAAUAUAUUUCCCAAAGUCGAUGAGACUUUGCUGCUCGAUAUUCUGGAACAGAGCGAUAAUAAUGUUCAGAAAGCAACUGAGAAACUCCUGGAGCAGGGAUAUGAGAAGAAAAAUCCAACUGGCCCCAUCAAAACCAUUGCCAAAGAGAAAAAAGAAGAAGAGGAGAUGAGAUCGAGACAAGUUAGAUCUGCUCCAACACCUCCACCGAGGAUGAAGAGUCUCGAGGAGAAAAAUAAGAUGAAAUCGAAACUCAUGGAGAAGUUCAAAUCUGUGCCAGAGCGAGUGAUAACACUGGCCAUGGACAGUGUAGAUUACGACGAAGAAAGAGCUAUUCAUAUCUUGGAUAUUAUGGUGGCCGAGGAAGCUAUUAGUCAACCUCGGACCUCCAGUACUCAUAGUGGCAGCAGCAGGAGUGAUGAUAGGAAAGACAGUCCCCCCAUGACAGAAGCAAUAAAAUUAACAGCAUCUCCCAUUAAAAAGAUGAUCAAGGACAAGGAUAAUGAGAAAUCCAAAAGGUCGAAAAACAGAAAUGAGUUGCCAAAGGUUUCACGAGGCACGAGUACAACUGAAGAUGGUGAAUACAAAUCUCUGUAUUUGAUAAAACCCACAGGUGCUAAUUCGGAACUGGCGAAGGGAGCAGACAACGAUUUGCUCUUACCUGAUUAUGCCCCCUGGGCAGGCCCAGACCCCUCCAAUCUCUCCAAAGAGUCAUCAACGCGAUUGCUAUCAGUUGGAAAAGAUUCCUCAUUAGUCUCCAACCGUAAAACCCUUGCCAAAGGACCAAAUCCCGAAUUACGAAAGGGCGCACUUAGAGGACUCGCUGAGGGAUCAAUUUACUCCCAAAGAAAUGCAGCCAAUACCGAAAGUCGUGGUAAAUGAGAAAUGUGCAAUUGUUUUUAUUUAUUUCUCACUUAAAAUUCCAUCUUCGUGCGUCCCAACGUGUAAUAAUGCCAAUGACUUAUAUUUGUUUUGUUAAAGAUUAUUUGUUUAUUCGAGUUAAUUUACUUUAUCGUAUCAAAGUCAGUGAUUGUAUUUCUUCGUUGCUGUUGACGUUCAUUAUUUACUGAAUCCGUUUCAGUUGACUCAUUGUUAUUUAAUUUAAAUUAUUUGUUUAUUAUAAGAGAGUGAUAUGAUCUGCAGUUAUCCCAGAAAAUCUGUAACCACAAACAUAUCUACCAAUUUCCACUCUCCGACGAGAUCGUACCAUUAAUUAAUAACGUAAUCAGUAGACUAAUCUAAAUGACUAGACAGAAACUAGAUGAUCUUCUAGAUGUAACCGAUAUUUCAACAAAAAUGGAAAAAGAAUCUCUUACGUCCUGCAUACACUACGAAAAUAAAAAUGAAUUUUCACAAAAAAAUACGUCCUCGUAUGUAUGAAAGAAAAUAAUCAGAUUGUGACAAAGCUGUCGAUCAAAUUUUUGAUGUGUGUAUAAAAAUAUUUUCAUAUAGCUUCAUUUGAGAAUAAAAAUCACAAGUGAAUAACGAUAA